UAAACGAACAAUUUCCGUGAAAUAAAUGUGCAAAACAAUCUUUUUUAUUUGUAAAAUAUUAACUUAACGUUCAUCCGAUAUUGUUCCUUCCAAUGCAACGGAAAUACACAAGAAAAUAAAAAAACUGUAUACGUAGUAUUUCCGUCGGAAAUCGAUGUCACUGAGGUCAUAAUUUAUCGUGUUCUCAGUCAGAAAAAAGGAGUAAUUUGUAAGUACACGGUUAUACUAUUGUGCAUUUUUCAUCGACUGUUUUUCAGAUCUUCGUGUCGAAUGAAUUAGAAGUUUCGUCGGUCGAGAUGAGGUUUGCUAUCGUUUUGCAAUUGCUAUUUUUAGUUGUAAAUUCUUGUCAAGAGUUUUGGAAAAGUUGGGAAAAUGUUUCUUGUACGUCAUCGGCAGAUAUCUGCUACGAAUCAAAGAACUUUUCCUCCGUUAAAAUAUUAGAUGAUUUCUUAUCCAUCGAGUGCGGCGAGGAAACGAUUGACUCUCGUUGGAUGAGAUGUUUGGAGGUUAAAAACGUACAAGAGUUAACAUUUAGAGAUUGUUUUCUGUCGAAAAUUGACUUUGGAAUAUUCACGUUUGGACAUCGAAUCGAACACGUCAAUAUAUGGUAUCUAUCAAUCCUGAAUGAAAGAAACUUCGAGAGCGCCUCGUUUAAUAACAUGUCCUCUCUGCGAUCUGUCGAAAUACGAGGCGUGAAGACAUCGGAACUUCUAAAUGUAACGUUUCGCAAUGUUCCAUCGCUGACUUUAUUGACAAUUGAAGGCUAUAACUUCACUUUAUUUCCGAACAAACCUUUUCGAGAGUUACUUAAUCUUUCUGAAUUGUACAUCGUACAUGGUCAGUUAACAGUUUUACCAGAAGAUCUAUUUUAUAAUCUUCACAAAUUGACAAAACUGGACUUAAGUCACAAUAGAAUUGAAUCGAUUCAUCCACUCGUCUUUAGAAAUCUCACUCGAUUAGAAUAUUUAUAUUUACAAUGGAAUCGGAUAAAGUAUUUACCAAACGACAUGCUGAAAGGUCUUUUUAACUUAAGGACAUUUUCUAUUACUAAGAACCGAGAUUUGUCGGAAAUACCAUUCGGUUUCUUUAAUAAACUGCACAACUUGACUGAAUUUUCUGCAUGGAGUUGUUCUAUUUAUUCACUCGAAGAACACGUGUUUUCUGACUUAAUUAAUUUGAACAUCGUCGACUUAAAUUCCAACAAAAUUAAACAUCUCCCGCCAAAUCUUCUAAGAAAUAACAAACGACUCGCACGAUUUUUCUGUUCGUUUAAUAAAAUAUCUUCACUUUCAAUAGGAAUUUUUCGUGGACUUUCUGAACUGCGAUCGUUAACGUUGCGCGGAAACAGUUUAGAAAAUCUUCGCGAAGAUGUUUUUCAGAAUUUGUCGUCAUUGGAGAAUCUCAUUCUAUCAGAAAAUCGCCUGACGUGUUUACACGAAAACCUGUUCCUCCCGUUGACUAAAUUAAAGCAUCUCGAUCUAUCUAAGAACAAUUUAACUAAAAUUAUUGGUGAACGUCCUUUUGGCAUCAGCAAGCAUCUGAAUUAUCUGAAUUUAUAUAAGACAGGUUUGACACAAUGGCCGGUGAUAAAUUGGACACAAUACGCCUUGACUGACGUGAUUUUAUCAAAUAAUCAUUUUGAAACAGUCAAGUUGCCAAUUUACACUCCAAAUCGCGUGAAAAUUUAUCUUUAUAAUUGUAAAAUCAAAACAGUUUACAUCGAUGACAGGAAAUAUGGAUUUCAAAUGCCGACUUAUUAUCUUAGUUUUAAUGAAAUUACUUGUAAUCACGAACUGCAGCAAUUCGUUUUUGCCAUUAAAUCGAACAUAGAAGUGGCAAAGAAAAUGUUUUCAGAUGUAGAGAAGACGAAAUGUUACGGAGAAGAAAGAAAUUUGCUGGAUAAUGCACCUUUCGUAGUCAUAGGAAAUUAUUGUCCUGUAAAUUGCGAAUGUUCAUUCGAACAAAAUCACGUGAUGGUUAAUUGUUCCGGAAAGGGAAUCGACAGAAUUCCCCAAGUUCUCGUCCCGAAUGCCACGAUUGUCGACUUGAGUAAUAAUUAUAUAAACGAUUUGUCAGAUGUCGAUUGUGUGACGUGGAGAAACGUCACCCACUUACGUCUGAGCAAUAACUCCAUAAGUAACAUUUCGAAUUAUGUUCUUUUGCUAAACCUUAAAUGGCUCUGGUUGGACGGAAACCGGUUAACCGAAUUGCCUUCCGGAUUAAUGCACCUGAUCGACAUUUCUCCGGAAUUUAAGCUUUACUUAUCGAGAAACAAUUGGAAUUGCCGUUGUAAUUCGCUUUUUACUAAGGACUGGUUACUUAGAAACAGGCAGAAAAUUGCAGAUUUUUCCGAUGUUUUCUGCGCGAGAAAUUCGUCUUCUGUGUCCUUUAUCGAUAUUCUUUCUAAUGACAGAUGCGCAGAAAUUCCGGAAGUAAAUUUGUCAUCUUCAGUAAAGGAUUCUUUUCCGAACGAAUAUUGAUUGGAUGAAGUUAGUUCCGUUUCUGGAUGGAAAAUCGCAGUGGCUGUUCUUACUUCGCUAAUGUUGUUAUGUGUGGUUAUUGUUGUUUCUAUUGUUUAUUGUCGCAGAAAAAGAAAUGUCCAGAAAGUGCCAAAGACUAAGAAAGAAGAAGUGUUUUAUUACAAUGUUCACACUUGACAAAUUUGCAAAUACGACAAUUCAAAUAUAUCCAGUUUUAUCAAUUGUUUAGUACUUGCCAAUAAAUUGUUUUAUUUUGCAUUUGUUUUUAUAGAAAUGAAUUUUGCUUAUUUCAAAUAUGCUGUAACAAAUGUUAUUUUUAUAUGCUUGAUUUCUGAUUAAGUAUUAUAUCAUACAAUGUGUAAUAAUUAGAUAAUAAAGCUGUUAUUCAAUCACAAAAUCGAUACUGAAA